AUGCUCGACUUACCCGCAGAGCUUCUCCCACAGACUGAUGAGGACAAGUUUCUCAAUCAGAAGGGGAACGCUCGAUGGGAAUCUCUCAAACCAGUCAUAGUGAAACUAUACACCGGGAACUUUGGCAAAAAUGGCAAACCAGCAACAAUCGACGAAAUUGCUGACGCUAUGAAAAGGCAUUAUAGCUUUCAUGCUGCGUAUGUUCCCAAUUUCAAGCAUCCCUUUUACACCUCAAGUACCUUGGCAAAUACUAAUGGAAUCCGGGAUAGUGUAUCUCAGUAUCCCCAUUGGUUUCGCAGAUGGGGUGUCAGUGAUCGACGGAUGACAAAAGAGCUGGUCGAAGAGAUCGCAAUGGCUCUGUCAAGGCACUCGAAGUUCAGGUCUAGUCUCUUUCUUCAGGGACGACUCGAAGAGCUGAUGAUCAGUAUGGGUCAACAUGAUCGAAAAUUAUUCGUCGAUUACCUCCACCAACUCUACAUGCAUGGAUUUUGUUCUGCGAAGAACUGGAACCCCUCUUUUACCAUCCCGCCCGCUUUCUCCACGCCCGCCUUCACCCCUCAGAUGUGGAAUGCAACCAGUCCGUGGACACCAUCAGUUUUCAUAGACCUCCCAUCAAGUCCUUUCGUUACCGAUUUUCCCGGCAACAUUGAUGUCACCAUGCCUCCAACACAGUUAUGUCGAUGGUCUAUGCAUGUACCACACAUCAAUUAUGAACCUAUUCCAGCCGAGUACGACUCAAUGCCCAACACAUUGUCAUUUACCGAAUCACUUCAGGAAGUUCUCACUUCUGCCAGCUCUGGUAUUGAUGGGAGUGGAGACUUGCCAGUUUCUCGUGAGAUCAUUUCCCAGGCCCUGGAAGACAACCCCACCACAUUGCAAUCCGAGUCCUUGAGAUUGGCUAUUAUGGCUGGAAAUUUCGACUUGCUGGAUAGCCUCCUCGACAAGGUUUUGGAAGAAUCUGAUUACUAUGAUAACAAUGAGGUUCCUCAGCAUGUCGUUUCCAUUCAUCCGUACCACCUUGCAGCAUCAUAUCUCAACGGUGGGGGUCCAUGCUGCAUGAUAUUCAACACUCUAAAUUGUAUGAUGCCCUCGUACCUGUUUCGAAAUAGUCUGGACGAUCAUGGGCAUACAAUACUGGACUCAAUCCUAGUUUCCAUCCUACGCUCACAUUCAAGUGUUCGUCCUGACGUUGUAAAUCACGACUUUGGGGUACUUUCUCGAUUUCCGGGCGAAGAGAAAGACACAUGUGGCCGGUGGGAUGCAGAUAGCCCCGAAGUCCGCGAACUCUUCAGCAAAGGCUAUGCGCGGAUUCCCACGAGCUGGAAGCAUCCUUUCUGUCAUUCAGCCGUUCAAACGGUAUGCCACGCUCUGAUGAUAAUCUUUGGGUCUCGGCUAUCACCAAACAUCAAUUCUUUAAGCGGCCUCUUCCUUCGCCGUUGUACGGAAUGUGGUAUUGAACUGAGAUUGGGGCCGGUCCAUACUCUCAUAGUAACCGCCUUUUUCUUAGGACAGUCAGGCAUGGCUGGUGAGACUUUGUUCGGGCCUAUGGCUAUUUUGGUAGGCCUUAUCAGCUUUGGAGCGGAUGUUACCCUCAGAGCGCAUGUCUCAAUAGAAGAGAUCAUAGGGAUACCGAUAGAUAUGGGGCAGUGCCAUCAUACAAGCUUAUCGGCGGCUGAGCUGAUACAGACGGUGCCAGCUAGAGUCAUUCAGAACUGGAGUGAUGACUGUCAAGUUGGCUGGAGUUGCUUGCACCAAGUCAUACUCCAAGCUGAAGAUGUUGAGAGAGAUUUUGAUAUCAACACGAAUACGAACACAAGAUGGGAAGAAAUGAGCGAAACAGGCUCCAGUUGUGGCUCACAAGGUUCAGGUUGCGGACCCCAAUGCGAACUUGCACACGAAGACCUAAGCAAAAUUCAGUGCACUGGGCCGACAAUUGGGCUCACUUGGGCAGCGAUUCAAGCUGAGCUACUCACGUACCGCCGGGUAGGUGAGACCGAUCCCUGGAUCUCAAACAACUUUCCCAUGCGUGCGUUGGACGCUUGGCUAAAGCGAGAAGUUAGCAUGUUUGAGUCGCCGUUGGUUUGUGAUCAGAUACUGAAGGCUCACUCUUUGUGUGGUUGGUUUUUAUCUGAGAAGUCUGCUGUGAGGCGGUAUGGAAACUGGGAUAUGGUAUGGCCCAUGGCCGAGAAUGUCUGCAGAAAACGAUUUGAUACGAUGGAUGACUACAAGAGGUCAUCUUUUGUCUUUGAAAUAGGCUUGUAA